AUGUUCAAUAAGGACAAUUACCACUGGACGCAGCAAGAUUUCACAGAAGAAGGUCUCUCCUUAAUUGUCGCGAAAUUAAAAGAGAAAAAUAUCCAAUUCCACCCAGACGAAUCUACAAUCUACCUCACACAAAGAAUGAACAAGAAGUCAGCGCGUAUUGACAUCUCUGGUGUACUACAGCAAGGAAGUAUCUGUGAGAGAGUGGUCGGGGACGUCGGAGUAGAGGAAAGAGAUGCAUCAGAAUUAAAAAAAGUAUUUAAUAAGGUUGUAUCUGAGGUUAUUGAAGAAUUAAAAAAUAAUAAAAAAGUACCUAAUGAAAUUUUAAUUAAAAAAACAAAAGACUACAAAGUCACCGUUAUUUUUAAUAAAAACUUUGAUCAGGUAAAAAAUGUUAUUUUUGAUUUUAAUUUAAUCUCUGCAAUUUCCCCAAUUAGACCAAUUCCAACAGGCCCUAAUAAUAUAACUAUAAAUACCCAUGAAAUAUCCAUGGAAAUCAGCCGUACAGAACUUAAAGACACAUCUACGAUACGCCUGGCCCUAGAUAACUCUAAUUUCCUGUUGAAUCUUAGACUAAUUCCUGUUGGAAAUGAGUCUAGACUAAUUAUAACGGGAAAUAAUUCAAAUUCCGUUGGAAAUAGGUUCAUUACGUUGUACGAACAGGUAAUAUUAGAGCCAUUAAAGAAUGCCGUAGGGAUACGCUAUACUAUUGAAUAA